AUGAACGGAACCACUUUCUUCGACCACUUUGACUACUUCGACAAAGCCGAUCCAAGCAGCGGAAACGUCGUGUAUCUGUCUUCAGCGCAAGCAGCAUACAGCAACCUCACCUACGCCGGUGAAAAUUCAGCCAUCCUUAGAGUCGACGAUACGAGCACUGGUAUCACAGACAGAAACUCGAUUCGCAUCACAUCCAAGAACCAAUGGAACAAUGGACUGUUCGUGUUUGAUGUCAUCCACUCGCCAUAUGGUUGUGGUACAUGGCCUGCUGUGUGGCUAUCGGACCCCAACAAUUGGCCUGAACAUGGAGAAAUUGAUGUCAUUGAAGCCGUUGAGCAAGGAAACAAAGGAAACCAGAUGACACUGCACACUUCCAAGGGCUGCACGAUGAAAACGAAGCGCAAGGAAACUGGCACAGUACACAGCACAAACUGUUGGAACUCGACAAACGAAAAUGAAGGAUGUGGCGUUUUCGGUCCCAAGAGCAGUUACGGCGCGGCGUUGAACGAAGCAGGUGGCGCACUUUUCGCCAUGGAGCUCCGCGAUGCAGGCAUCCGCAUGUGGACUUUCAGCCGCUCGGACCCGCCUUCUGAUCUCGUUUCUACCAACGACUCCUCACCCGACCCAUCACAAUGGGGCACCCCUGUCGCAGACUUCCCCAGCACUGAUUGCGACAUCUCCUCACACUUCAAGAACCAGUCCAUCAUUGCCAACAUCGAUCUGUGCGGCAGUUGGGCAGGUUCAACUAGCGUCUACUCCACAGAGUAUGGAUGUCCAGGUACCUGCGCAGAUCUGGUCAAGAACAAUGCCACAGCUUUUGAGAACGCAUAUUGGGAGUUUGGAAGCUUCAGAGUUUGGACAGCUUCAUAG